AUGAGCUCCCUACGCUCUCUCCUGCCGGUCAUCGGCUCUUUCACCGCGUUUCUCUUGGGGAUUCUGUGUCUAUUCUCCGGGAGUCAACGCCAGUUCCUGCCGCAGGGCAAUCUUUUGACGCUGUACACCAGCGGCGCCGGCGGUGACGGGGCGCCAGACUUCUUCACCAUAUAUCCCAUGUCCUACUGCGUCGGGUACCAGGAAACCUGCGUGAUCGACGAGAAGUCGAACACCACGACCAUCCAGGACCGCAUCACCGAGUGCUCGGACCGCAGUGUCCUCUUCGAGUUCAACCCUGGCGACGCCAUCCAGCAAGCGCUGGGCAACCCUCCGACCGGUCUCCAGCCCGGCAGCUGGCCUUCCUGUAUCACCGAUGACUUCCACGCCUUGAAGCCCACGAACACUACGAUGGUGCUCUUCCUGAUUUUCGGAACGGUGGCUGCCAUUGUUGCCAUUGCCCUCCGUAUCUGGACGAUCGCGUCCGCCCGCGCCGCGCGACCGGAUUAUGCCUCCCAGCCUCCACGCUACCCCGGCACGGGGACCGAGCUGGAGACGCCCCCGACUAGUGUGGAGUUCUAUGCUUUCCUGACCAGCGUGUUCAGCUUCGGGAUUGCGGCGACCAUCGCAAGUGUCAUCGCCAAGGAGUUUGUGGAUUUGAUCAGUGAGACCGGCAGCGAAAAGGGGAUCUCGGCGGUCGGGGGCAAUACCUUCCAGGGAAUGAUCUGGACGGCCGUGGUGUUGCAGCUGUUGGGGACGUUGCACGAUUAUUUUGCGAUUGUGACGUACCGGAGGGCGCUCAGCGAGGAGUAUGGAUCGCCGUCGUCGCCGCAGGGCGAGCAGUGCUCGGAGCAAAAGCGGUUGGUGGUGGUGGAGGAGGAUGAUUGCUGA